UGUAUAGUUCUCUUCAGCGGAUAGUUAGUAGUAGUAGUUAGUCUCAGUCUAUAAAGGCAGGGGUCCGUCGGCUGUGGAGUUUCCUUCACCCUGAGCUGGCAGCUCCCGGCUGUGAUCAGCUGAGGUAAAAACAAGAGCUCUAAUCUCUGGCUCUGAGCACAUAGAGCUCCUGAUUAAUCACCCAAUUAUUCACCCGAUUAAUCACCUGAUUAAUCAGGUGAAAGGUGCUUUUAUUCCGGUCGUGACGGUGAGUGACAUGUAAUGUUUACACCACGGUCCACGGGGUAAUCUGGCAUUCCGCCGGUGUUAUUAUUGUUACUGUCCGUGGUGAACGGUGAGCUGGCGUCACUUGAGCUCAGGUGAUCGGAGGUCAGGUGGAUUCAACGUUUCAACCGAUGAAUUUAAUGCUGCGUUCCAGGGACACUUUUUAGCCCGUCAGUUACGAGCAGGAACUUGGAGAACAUCGAUCUGAUGGUGACUGAGCUGUGGAGACGAGCUGUGUGAGCCGCUUCAGGAACACGUCCCUCACUUCACCCCAUGGCUGACGGAGCAGGCGGAGGGGAUGACGACGUCAUUCACCUGGCGAGCUUCAACGUCCACCGCAGUCAAGGCCGGCGCUUGCGGAGGAAGGAGUUCAUCACCAUCUCUGACGACUCGGACGACGAGCCGCUCAACCUGGUCUUGGGCCGCCCCGUGCUGAUCCCCGAAGACACAGACGACGACGUCCGCAUCCUUGAGUCUCUGACUCCGUCACGAAGACACCUGAUCCGCCCGGCCGCCCCCUGGUGUGGCGACCUCCCUCUCCACCCGCUGCGAGGCCCUAACCCGGCCUCGGCGGAGCAGCCGGGCCCUUCCGGCUCGCGUGCCGUCACCGCCCGCCUCAUUAAGGUGGAGGCCCCGCCCCCUACGCCGGUCACCCCCUCUACCUCCAGCAUCUGGGAUGACGCCCGCCUUCCAAGCACCUCGGGCACCUCGGGGGCCCCCCAACGGCCGCCUGCCCCUCGGACCCGCCAUGACUCCAUAGAACACACGGAGCCACGCCACAGCCCUCAGGCCAGCACUAGCGCCGCUAGCACUAGCGCUGCUAGCACUAGCACUGCUCACCACAGCCCUCAGGCCAGCACUAGCACCGCUAGCACUAGCACCGCUAGCACUAGCACCGCUAGCCACAGGCCUCGGGCUAGCACUAGCACCGCUAGCACUAGCGCCGCUAGCCACAGCCCUCAGGCUAUCACUAGCACCGCUAGCACUAGCGCCGCUCGCCACAGCCCUCAGGCUAGCACUAGCACCGCUAGCACUAGCGCCGCUCGCCACAGCCCUCAGGCUAGCACUAGCACCGCUAGCACUAGCGCCGCUCGCCACAGCCCUCAGGCUAGCUCUAGCGCCUCCACCCAGACCCAGCGGAUCCAGAUGGGAGGGGCCCAGGGCCAGCUGGCCGCCGCCCCGCAGCCCGGGAUGCUGCAGGGCCCCACUGUGCCCGGCCCCCCCACGGGGCCCCCGGCUGCCCUGCCCCAGCCCCGCGGGCGGGGCCCUAUCCACAUUGUGGCGACAGUGCACACAUUUGCCCCACCCCAGGCCCCACCCCAGGCCCCACCCCAGGCCCCACCCCAGGCCCCGGCCCCACGCGCCCCCCAGGUCAGACCUGCGGCCCCCCCCGCCCCCCAGGUCAGACCUGCGGCCCCCCCGGCGGUGCUGAUAGCCGCUGCCCCAGAGAGACUGGGCCCCCCUGAGGUGGGCCACCGUAUCAGGCUGGGGAGCCAGGCCCCCGGGGAGGCCCAGCUCAACCCCCCCCCCCAGACAUUCCCAGGCUGGAGGACGCCAGGCCGGGCCCCUCAGCGCCGCAGGACGGACCUGGGGGGGCCCGACCCGAGCUGCCGCCCCACGUCAGAGCCCUGA